UAAAUAGCUCUGCCCUGAGUCACGGAGAGUUCUCUGCAGGAGCUCCAGGGAAAGAGCCUCUGACAUCGGCGAAAGCAAAGAGGAACCCUCAGGAGGGCAUCAUGUCCAGCUCCUUGCGGGUGAGCCCUUCCGUCCAUGGCUAUCGAUUUGACACGGCCUUGCGCAAGAAAGCGGUGGCCGACAUCUUUGAAAGCCUGGAUCAAGCGUCACUGCAGAAGCUCUUCAGGGACUCAGGGGACCGGAAAGCAGAGGAAAGGGCCAAGAUCAUCCUGGCCACCGACCAGGACCUGGAGGAGAAAGCAAUGUCGCUCAUGGCUUUGAAGCAGAGGACAAGAGAGAAACUCUUCCAGUUCCUGAAGUUUGGGAAACACUCCAUCAAAGUCCACUGAAGCUCCUUUAAAAGAGAGGACGGGAUGGAAGGAGCCAGACUCCUCACUUUUGAAAACGAGCACCUCCAGCUGCUUUGAAGCUGGUGUGGCAAGAGAUGCUGGCAACAUCAGUCAGGGGGAUUCAGCCCCAUUUUUGCACACUUCAAAGUUCACAGCAAAAGACUUCCUGGGUUGACUCAAACUUGCAAGCUAGAGUGAGUAAGGGAAUCAGCCUGUGAACAACAGAGAAAUCCAGCCACAAAUCACGGGGAUGGAGCAGGCGGUGAAACAGUCACUGGAUCAGACUCAACUUUUCCUGGCUAAUGAGAGACUAGAUCAUUUUCCUUCUUAGCUGUCUGUUUGGCAAUUAUUGACUGUGCAAAGCCUUCCAUAAGCCUCCCUGCUUUCUCCUGGAACAAAAGGGGUUGGGAAAUGAUCAGUAACUGCCUGUUUGCUUUUGUUGAAAAGACACACCAUCUUGGUGUUGAAAGUAGGUGAAGUUCACAGAGUAAACUUUGUUUCAGGAUGCAUUGUAAGCAACUCUGUUAGUCUUACAAUGACUUUUACAAGCAGAAGUGGGUUGUUCAACUAAUUGCACGAAAUGUGUUUGUUUUUGUUUAAAUGUAAAGUUUUGUCCUGAACUGAUUGAACAGACUGAAAGUCUCUUUGGAACAUUGAGUUCUUUUUUUGCAUCAAUGCAAUUUUUAAAAUUUUGCAAAUGUUGCACUUUUUGUAAUGAAUUUAACUGGCAACCAGCUAUGGUGAUAUUUUAUAAUGAUGCUAUAAGUAAUACUUAUUGCGCACGCAGAGCAAAUAAAUUAUAAAGUUGGUAUAA